AUGUCGUCUUCAUCACAGCUUAAUGCCGAGCAGGCGCAAGUCUUGGAUAUCGUCCGUGGCUUUCACGACUAUUUCAGUUCCCCGCCCCCAUUCAAAGAAGGACAACGUUUCGCCCUGCCGCAUGGUCUAAUCACAGUUCCUUUCCCACCAGAGAUGGGUGGUCUCAAGACAGAACGCUUUGACGACAUGUAUGAGCGCGUUAGUGGAUUGCUCGCCAAACAACAAGAGUCCGGACCAACAGGCUUUAAGCAUCAAUUGGCAGAACCACGGGCGGAUGUAUGGGUCUCUCAAAACAUAGCUGCUGUGUUCGUGGGUUGGUCAGCCUCCAUGGAUGGCCGUGGCGAGUUCAUCCAUACUGUUCACCUCUGCACCUUGCACCAUAAAUCUGACGACAUCCUGAGCGACGGAAACCCAUGGCGUAUUUCAGCACUUGUUGAUAUGAAGCAUCUGUCACCUGAGCAGCCGGUGCCGUCAGUCGAGACGGGUCCAGUGUCAGAAAUCAUCGCUCCAUUCCAAGACUUUCUCGACAGCAUCAAAACUCAAGACUGGGAGGCCAUUCCCGCCCUGCUGUUACCUGGUUCGGGGGCUACGAUAUCGAAAGAUGGUCAUACACCGAAGAUGUUCAUGUAG